AAAAUGUCUUGGUACAAAUAACUAGGAAACUCAGUAAAAGAAUUAAGAUUCGUCUUCUGUUAGACAUGCGGCAGGUCUGAAGGCGUAAGGUAUACAAAAAUGAUCAAACCAUAGAAAUCUUGUAUCUAAAAACUAUUGGCAAUGGAAGGAUGCAAAUCCUCAUUUCCCAUUUGUCGUCAGAGAGUGCGAAUCAAUUGACCCAUAUGUACUCAUCAGAUACAGUACUAUUGAGUAAAAUAUUUAGAAUAUGGUGUUGAAAAGAAAGCCUUGAUAGGCAAUCUUAAUGAAUCAGAAUUGGAAUAAGUUUUAGGACAAUUGGUUGCUCAAUCCAAUAAAGUGAAUUCAACUAUCUGA